AUAAUAAGUAGGUCCUUGGAAACUGAAAAAAUUUACGAAGGUUUGUUCUACAAAAAGGAAGGUGAAAAUCGUUCGCGUAUCUAGUGGCAUAGCUAUGGACUUGUUUGUUUAAAGAAAAAUAAUUGUUGAACUUUUUUUAAAGAAAACAUGAGUUUUAACCAAGCAAUUGCCGAGGCGAAAAGAAAGCGACUGAAGGCUGAGCAAACGUGGAGAAAGACAAAGUUCGCUGAAGACCUGCUGCUGUGGCUGUGGCAAAUGACAUUGCCCGCUAUUUCCAUCGUAAGAUCGUUAAUAUCCACAAUGAGCUAGACGGUAUCGAUGUUACCCAGAACAGAUGUAGUGACCUCAUUGACGACCCUGCUUUCAGCUCAAAUCUCGAACCACUAAGUCUUUUCAAGGAAGUGAAAGAGAAGGAUCUAUACCAGCUCAUUAAGGCUUCAGCUAAGAAAAGUUGUAUGUUCGAUCCUUUUCAAACGUCUAUCUUACUGGGCAGCCUUGAAGAACUCCUCCCAAUAAUCACUUCUAUGGUUAAUUGUUCCUUGGCUCUUGGACACUUUCCAGCUGCGUGGAAAGCUGCUCUAGUUGAUCCACAGCUCAAGAAACCUUGUUAAAGCGCCUCCCUUUCAGAUCUUAGACCUGUGAGUCGAAGCUUACCGAGAGAGCAGUGUACAACCAAACCAACGCUCCAGUCAGCCUAUCGAGUAGGCCACAGCACGGAGACGGCUCUCCUUAAGGUACACAAUGACAUCUUGCUUAACAUGAAUCACCAGAGGUUCACUCUACUAGUGCUGUUAGACUUGAGUUCAGCAUUGACACUGAAUACCAUGAAGUACUUCUCCGUCGUCUAGAGGUAACUUUUGGCAUCGCAGAUACUGCACUUCAGUGGUUCACAUCCUGCCUAGCUGGUAGAUCACAGCAUGUAUUACUUAAUGGGAGCUUCUCAGAGGAUUUCUCUCUACCUCAAGGUGUGCCGCAAGGUUCGUGUCUGGGGCGCUGCGUUUUUGUACUUUAUGCCAGCAAGCUAUUUGAGGAAGUGAAGCGCCACUUCCCAGAUGUUCAUGUAUACGCAGACGAUAACUAGUUAUAUAUCUCAUUUAAGCCUGGUUCCAGGGCGAGGGAAUUGGAAACGGUAACUGCUUUACAAGAUUGCAUUCUACACAUCAAGACUUGGAUGACGGCUGACAAACUUAAGAUAAAUGAUGACAAAACGGAAUUAAUUGUAAUCGGAACCCACGCGCAAUUGGACAAGAUAAGCAUAUCAGAGCUCAGCAUUGAUCACAGGAAGUGUCUGCAGUAUGCAACGUUCGGAACCUAGGGACGUCGUUCGACAACCAUCUGAGCAUGAAAACCCCGCUAUCAACAAGACUUGUCAAUCAGGACUUUACCAUCUGCAUAAUAUUGGGCGCAUUAAACGAUAUCUUAGCUUUGAAGAUAGAGUCGAUUGUUCAGGCAAUUGUGAUAUCGAGAAUAGACUAUUGUAUGGUGUUGCCGCUACGAACCUUUGCAAGCUCCAACGGGUGCAAAACGCGGCACUCCGAUUGGUGUGAUCAUUGCCAAGACACGAACACAUCACAUCGUCAUUUAUACGUCUUCACUGGCUGCCGAUUAAGUUUAGAAUCAAUUUCAAGAUUGCUAUGCUCUGUUUCAAGUGCAUUCAUGGGCCAAGUAUCAAAAAAGCAUGGUCGCCAGCAAGAAGACUUCGACAUACAACCUCCGCUCGAGCAC